UUAGUCAUAAUGGUCAACAAAAAUCAUGAUACAUGAAGGAAUUAUCUGGUAACAUUUGUGAGGCACUUAGCUCAGGACCCUCUAGGAGUUAUGUGUUGAAAAUCAUCUCAAUAAAGGUUUCAUUCUUUAGUAAAACCUUCUGGAGACGCUGUGUGUGACAUUGUCACACAAAUGAAAACAAUUUCAGUAACUUCAUAUAAUCAGCAGAACAGAUGUCUGUAAGGCUGUUUCUCUAAAAAUGAUAGAAACAAAUUAUGCUGUUUAAAAGCCAGGAUUAGCUGGGUGUUGUAGCAUGCGCCUGUAAUUACAAGAUGAGAGGACUGUUGCCUACAAAUCAAUUUCCAGGCAAACCACAGUGAUGUAGUAAAAGCCUCUCUUAAACAAACAAAACCCUUAAAACUAUACCCUCUCUGCUCCUGCUUGCGGUUUAAGAUGUAAGUUCUCAGCUGUUCCUGCCGCCAUGCCUUUAUUCCACCAUCAUGAUGGACUCAACCCUCUGAAACCAUAAGCAAAAUUGAAUGCUUUCUUUUGUAAGUUUCCUUGGUCAUGGUGUUUUAUCACAGCAAUAGAAAAGUAACAAAGAUGUCCCCCAUCAAAAUCUGAAAAUCAGGCUUGGUGAUUUUGAAUACAGACUUAAUUAAAGUAAAUUUUCAGUUAAAAUACCAUUAUAUACCUAGUUGUAUUUGCCAUGCCACCAAAGCUCAUUUAUAUGAUUCUUAGACUGCCUCUGCAGUCCAUUAGUUAAAAAUUAAUUCUUCAACAAAAGCACACUUAAAACAAAAAUGUGGUCAGCUGACUAAUGCUCCCUCUCAUAGUCACCUAGAUCCUACCACUGGCCCCCGUGAAUGUAUGAUAAAAGGGACCUUGCAGCUCUGAGCACAUUUAGGGUCUUGAGAUGACAGGAUCAUCCUGACUCCUGCUGAGGUGCAUGGUAUAGACAGAGAGGAGGUCCACAGAGAAGAGGCCAAAGAUCAGAGGAAGGAGUGGCUCAUCCACAGAAGCAGAGGCCAUGAGUCUUAGGAAGAUGUUUGGCCUUUGAAGGUGGGAAACACAGUCUUCCCAAAGCCUCCACAAGAAACCAGCCCUCCUGGAGUCUUGAUUAUAGCCCUCAAAUCAUUUCGGAUUCUGACUUCCAGAAAUUACAUAGAAUAAAUAUGUGUUGUAGGUAAGUCAUGAAGAUGUGUUUACUUGCUAUAGCAGCAAGAGGAAACUCAGGCAAAUGCAUAGCUCUCAGCUGUCAUUUCAAGCAGCUUUUAUGAGCAAAGCUUGUCUUACCUAGCAACAGUUGUUAAGUAAGUUGACAGCUUAAUGCUGGACACUGGGAGGGAGAAACUGCUUAUCUUUGCCCAAAUCCAGUGCCCACACCUUGUAUGGCAGAGGCUGUUAAUACCAUUCCUUAGACAUAAAGCCACUGCCUAAUCAUGACGAAUUGUUUAGUUCUUAACAUCCUCUAGCAAAAUCUUAAAACCCUGACCCCCUUCCAGCUUUGUUAGACGUCUAGCUUCUCUUGAAACUACCUUUUUUUUUUCUUCCUGAUCCUGAUAUUAACUGUAAGCAGCAAAGGGAAUCAGAAAUUUAACUAUGAUCAGAAAUCCAGAUUAUAAAAAUUUUGUUUGCUGUUCUGUUUGCAAUAAAAUAAUCCCACCAGCCCCAUUUGGGGAAACCUUCAAACGGAUCUAUGAAUACAAGCCAUUUAAGACACGCUUUUACACUCACAAAGAUAUACUGGAUAUUGGGGCAAGUAUCCUGAACCAAGAAGAGCACUUUCAAGAGGCUACACUCAGGGAAACCAUUGCAAAUGCAGAAGCUAAUGUGUGGAAGCAGGCUAAUAAACUCCAACAACAAGCAGUGGACAAAGCACUUGCAGACGCAAAUGACAGGCACGAAUUUGAAGUUCAGGUGCUGGAAGAACAACAUCAAAGAGACUUAAAGGCUGUAGAAAAGAAAACCAAGAUGGAGAUGUUUCAAAACAUGGAAGAGGAACUAAAGAGAGAGAACUCUGCUGCAGAACAACGUAUGGUCCAUAGAAUCCAGAGGAUAAUGAUGGAGUGCCACAGAGAGAAGAUGGAGGCUGUGAAGAAAGCCAGGGAAGAAGAGAGAGAGCUGGCCCAGAAAGCUGUUGAGGAAGAGACAAGAAAGGUCAUGGAGGAACUUGUGAGUUCUGGCUUGACAGCCCUUAGAGACCAUAAGACAAACUUGGGCGAGUUGAUAAAAGCAAAGGAAAAAGAAAUGAAUGCCUACUAUGGCUUGGCUCAGAGGCAGAAGCAAGAAGAAGUGCAAGAAGUGCUUCAAGAAGCAGAAAAAGCACAUCAGGCCAAUCUUGACAAUGUGAAGUUUAAACUGGUUAAUACCCAGGGGGAGCUGGUGUCUGUAGCAAAGCAACUGGGAAUCAUGACAAACUGGAAAGAUUUUCUGGAGGAGGAAUUACAGGAAACCAGGGAAGCAUUUCAGAAGUAUAUCAAUUACACCUUCCCCAGGCUUUCCCCAGGACAUGCCGACUUUAUUCUGCCAGAAAGAAAGAAAACACCUUCCAAACUUCUUAGCGACAGUGAAACAAGUGCCUAAUAGACAUCAGCUAAAAUGUUGCCACAAAAGACAGUGUUCCAAAGCUGAAUAAAUAAACUCAAAACCACUUAUUGA